CCAGCAUAUGUAUAUAUUUACAUAGCCCGGCAUGGAGCUUCGGCAAGAAGAAUGAUGUGGACGAUGGAAAUUCUGAAGACAUCCGGAUCGAAGUAAAAUUGAUAUGUAUGGGAGGGUGGUUCUAGGGGCGCCGAUACAGAUCAUACUGGGGGCAUUUAUGUCCCCAAUGCCUGUGGUGGUUGUGGCUUGCGAUUGGCUUCUCCAGGCUAUCCCCUUGGCUGUCUCUCUCUUCUGAACCAGCUCUCAUCGACAGUCGACUCCCCCCAUAUAUAAUCCAUAGCUCUUCUCAUUUCCCACCGCCCAAUAACACUUCAUAGACCUUAACAUACCCUUACUUAGUACCACCACUUCACCAAAUGUCUUUCCAAUCUAUGACUAUCGCCUCCCUCUUGGUUGCUGUCUUGUUCUCGUCCGGCGUGUUCGCCAAGGAUGAGGUGCACGACCAGGAGUGCGAGAUGUACACCAAUGCCAACUCCACUUCUGCCACUUGCAACGAGGUAUCCGGUAUGGUGUGCACCGGUGGAUGCACCGGCUACGUCACCGCCACCAAAUGCACCACCAGUCAAGAAAUGAACGACCCCAAACCCCCUCUUACUACCGAAAAAUGUACCGUCUCCUACGGCAAGUCGUCUGCGACUAUGGCUAUUUGCAUUACUGAGAAACAGGUCUUUACGUGUUACGGCCCGGUGACUGGAAAAGCUAACUGCAAAUCAUGCAAACGCCAGAUCACCUCACCUGAUUCUCCCCCUGCCAAGGGAACCACCCCUGGAAGCGGAAACGGAAACAACGGAAAUGGAAGCAGCGGAAAUGGAAGCGGAAAGGGCGGAAGCAGUGCCAGCGGAACCAAGUCCACACCCGAAGGCAGCCCCAAACCCGCCGAUGACAACUCUGCUCCAGCCACCAACGCUCCCACCGGAAGCGGUUCGGGAAGCACCACCGGCACCACCACGCAGGGCACUUCUUCGGCCGGUAACACCACCACCACCAGCAGCUCCGGCACUCCCCCAGCCACAGGUGAUGCACCCGCCGCCGGCAGUCCUGACUCCUCCAAGACUGAUGGUCACAGUACUUCUUCUGGUUCCCUCUUGGCCCUCAAUGGCGUCUCAUUGGCCCUUGCCACCCUUUUGUCUUCGGCUUUGAUGUAAUCAGUUGCAGCUAAAGCUUUCUACACACACCCAUCGCUUGACUUGAUGUUUCAUUUUUUGUCAAGACGGACACAAACUUGCUCUUUAGUUUAUCUGACCCUCCUUCUACCUUAUCUAUUAUGGGCACUCCUCUUUCUCGUUCUCCGUUCAUACUUUUCUGGUCGGAUUUAUCCUCUCACAACAAAUCGGAAUUACAUCUUGUUCACUCUAUCUUUGGCCCUUGCCACCUGUUUUCUGGGUUUUUAUUAAGCAAAUCAUUAAUCCAUACCCAGUGCUGCCCC